AUCGUAAAUAGAACCGUCCAAUUAAACCUGGCGGCCAUGUUUGGAUAGAGCGCCGCGCCGUGCCGGUGUCACUGGCUGAUUCCACAAAUGAUUUUAUGAUUCUGAGUGAUUUUAGCAGGAUUUUAGGAAUGAUCGUAACCUCUGAUUAAUUCUAAUGACUAACAGAUGACGUCAUAAUCAAACAAUAAUCACAGGGAUGUUGUCUGCACAUUUGCAUUGCCAUCGAGGUCAAUUCGGCUGUCUUGAAUCUGGUAGCAUAAGGUGCCUUGUGUGUAGAAGAGAGGACAAGAUCUGUUUUGUUUCAGAGUGACCGUCUGUAAUGGGUGUUGAAGAGAAGACAUUAAAGGAGCACAUCGCCAGAUAUGUGUUGUCAGGGACGUCAUGUGUCUGUGCUGCUAUAGUGACUAACCCCAUAGACGUGAUCAAGGUGCGGAUGCAGCUGGAUAAUGAGCUACGGGAAGGCAGGAAGGUCGUCUCUGUGCUACGCGAGCGCUACUACCAGGGGUUCGUCCGGGGGAGCUUCACUAUUGCCAGGGAUGAGGGCAUCAGGGGACUGUACAAAGGUGUGUUCCCGUCCAUCCUGCGCGAGGCCUCGUACAGCACCAUCAGACUGGGGUCGUAUGAACCCAUGAAGGAGCUGCUGGGGGCCACCGACCCGGCACACACCCCGCUCUGGAAGAAAAUCAUUGCAGGAGCAACCUCAGGAGCCAUAGGCAGCUCAAUCGCUACACCAACAGACCUGGUCAAGGUCCGGCUGCAGGCUGAGAGAAGACUGCCCUCUGGUGUCCAGCCGCGGUACCGCAGCACCUUCCACGCCUUCAGUGAGAUCUGGCACACAGAGGGCCUGCGGGGACUGUAUCGGGGGAUCGGGCCAACCGUGCAGAGGGCAGCCAUUCUUACAGCCUCACAGAUACCAUCGUACGACCACACGAAACAUGCCAUCUUGAACGCUGGUCUGAUGUCGGAAGGUUUUCCGCUGUUCUGCGUGUCGGCCAUGGUGGCAGGAUUCAUCACUGCCUUCGUCACCUCACCCGUGGACGUCAUCAAGACCAGGAUCAUGAACCAAGCUUCUAAACACCUACCUCGUGACCAGUGGCUGUACCGUAGCUCACUGGACUGCCUGCUGAAGACACUGCGUAGUGAGGGUCUGUUCGGACUAUACAAGGGGUUCAUCCCCAACUGGAUGCGGAUCGGUCCCCACACUAUCGUCACAUUCCUGAUCUUUGAGGAACUGCGAAGACUUAUUGGAAUGAAAGCCUUGUGAUUAGGUUGUACACAUGUAUCAAGAAUGAAAAAUAGAAGAAAGGUUAAGAAAAUAGAAUUUUCAAGCAGUGACUUAAUUUUUAAAGGUCAACACAUGUACCUCCAUCUUGCUGACAGAGUGACCAAGUUCUUGCAAGACUUGCGUGAAAGGUAAGAUGAUAAAAAGGGAGGGGGGCUUUGCCCAUCAUUAACAUUUGGCAUACCAAGAUGCCUAUAUGACAGUUAUGAUUUCAAGCUAAGCAUGCUGAUGGGUAAGUAGGCUGGUACAAUGUAUAUGUAAGAUAAUUAUACAGUAAAUUUAACUAUGCAAAUCAAUGCUCCAAACUUUAUGUGCCUUUAACUUUAGGGUUAGUAAGUAAUAGAGAUGGAAUGUUAAUGUCAUAUAUCAAUUUCAUGAAAAAAAUUGACACUGUUUCCAAUGCACAGUAUACAUGUAUAAAAAAUGGUAAAUCUUACUUUUAUAUGUGGUAAUGAAUAUAAUAUAUGCUUGCCAUUACAUACGUAUAGGACAUGUACUUAACUGUCUUUCUGAACCUUCCAGCAUUUUAUGUGAAUCUGAAGUUUAGGAAGCAUGUUUUUUUUACCAAACAACAUUUAACAAUUAUGCUGAUAAAGAUGUGCUCACUAGUAUGUACAUGUAAUGUAAAUUGGGGAAAAGUU